GUUUGUGCGCUCGCGCACUCGAGCGCUUGUUUUCUCGGCUCGCUUCUUAGUUCCGUCUCGUUUCGGCAGCGCCGACCGUUUUUCUUUUUUUAAAAUUUUUUUUCGGAGGCGCGGUUUGCGUCUCUCCUGCCUGGUGCGGCCGCAUCAUGUCCAUGUCCCAUCUGUACGGCCGCAGGGCCCCGGCGGGAGAGGGAGAGGAGGAGGAGGAGGAAGGGGUCGAGGUGGAGAGCUUCGAGGUCACCGACUGGGACCUGGCCAACGAGUUCAACCCCGAGCGCCGCAGGCACCGGCAGACCAAGGAGGAGGCCACCUACGGCAUAUGGGCCGAACGCGACUCGGACGAGGAGAGGCCGAGCUUCGACGGCAAGAGGACAAAGGAUUACUCGGCGCCAGUCAAUUUCGUGAGCGCAGGACUGCGCAAAACCGCCGCUGAUGAAGAGGACGAGGAUGAAGAGGACGAGGAGGAGGGAGGGGGGCGCCCUGUGGCGUCGGCACGUGACGCUGCCCCGAAGAAGCUGCUCACUGGUGGAAACUUCAAGAGCUCUCAGAAGACCUUUGCAGGGGGUAUUCGACCGGGGCAGGACCUGGGACAGUGGGAAAAGCACACGCGAGGGAUUGGCCAGAAGCUCCUGCAGAAGAUGGGUUACGUGCCAGGGAAAGGGCUGGGGAAGAACGCUCAAGGUAUCGUGAAUCCCAUCGAGGCCAAGGUGCGCAAGGGGAAGGGAGCAGUGGGGGCCUACGGCACGGAGCGCACGCAGCAGUCCCUGCAGGAUUUCCCAGUGCUCGACUCAGAAGAGGAGGAGGAGAAGGAGUUUCAGCGUGAGCUGGGCCAGUGGAGGCGCGAGCCAGGCGUCGGCAAGAAGAAGCCCAAGUACUCCUUCAAAACAGUGGAGGAGCUCAAGGCCCGUGGGAAACUGGCAGGCAAGAGCAUGAGCGCCCCUGCAGCGGAGCUGGCACAGGUCAAGGUGAUUGACAUGACGGGCCGGGAGCAGAAGGUGUACUACAGCUACAGCCAGAUGAGCCAGAAGCACAGCGUACCAGAGGAGGCGCCUCUCAGCGUCGGGACGAAGGCGACGGGCUUCACGCUGCCCGAGCUGGAGCACAACCUGCAGCUGCUGAUCGAUGUGACAGAGCAGGACAUUCUGCAGAGUGCGCGGCAGCUGCAGCAUGAGCGCGACGUCGUCGUGACGCUGACGCACGAGAGCUCCGCUCUCCAGAGCAGGCUGGCCGAGGAUCAGAAAACCCUGGAGCGCCUCGAGGAGGUGCUCGAGCUCGUGGAGCGCUUCGAAGGGGCCGGUGGCGCCGGAGGCAGCGCGCUCACCCUGCAGGAGUGUGUGUGUGUCUUCGAGAAGCUGCAGACCGAGUAUUACCAAGAGUACAAGGUGCUGGGCCUGGCCGACUUGGCUGUGUCAGUGGUCCACCCGCUGCUCAGGGAGAGAUUGCGCAGCUGGGAUCCCCUGAAGGACAGCGUGUUUGGCCUGGAGGAGGUGGGCAGGUGGCGAGCCAUUCUGGAGUCUGGGCAGCAGCCUCACAGCGCCCCCGACAGUUCGCACAUGGACCCCUACCACAGGAUGCUCUGGGAAGUGUGGGUGCCAGUGAUGAGGAGCACAGUGUCCCAGUGGCAGCCCAGGAACGUGGGGCCCAUGGUGGACUGUAUGGAGAGCUGGUCCCCCUUGCUACCCGUCUGGAUCCUGGACCACGUGCUGGAGCAGCUCAUCUUCCCCAGGCUGCAGAGAGAGGUUGAGAGCUGGAACCCGCUGACGGACACCGUGCCCAUCCACUCGUGGCUGCACCCCUGGCUGCCACUCAUGCAGACCCGUCUGGAGCCGCUGUACCCGCCCAUCCGCAGCAAGCUGGCUCACGCCCUGCAGCGCUGGCACCCUAGCGACGGCUCUGCCCGCCUCAUUCUGCAGCCCUGGAAGGAUGUCUUCACCCCAGGCGCCUGGGAGGCCUUCAUGGUCAAGAACAUCGUGCCCAAACUGGCCCUGUGUUUGGGGGAGUUGGUGGUCAACCCACACCAGCAGCACAUGGACCCCUUCCACUGGGUUAUGGACUGGGAGGGCAUGCUGUCGCUCUCCAGUUUGGUGGGGCUCCUGGACAAGAACUUCUUCCCCAAGUGGUUGCAGGUGCUCUGUUCCUGGCUUAGCAACAGCCCCAACUACGAGGAGAUCACCAAGUGGUACCUGGGCUGGAAGUCCAUGUUCUCAGAUGCUGUGCUGGCCCAUCCGUUGGUCAAAGAGAAGUUUAACGAAGCGCUGGACAUCAUGAAUCGUGCCGUGUCAUCUGGGAUAGGAGGGUAUCUGCAGCCCGGGGCCCGGGAGAACAUCGCCUACCUGACGCACACGGAACGGCGCAAGGACUUCCAGUAUGAGGCGCUGCAGGAGCGGCGCGAGGCAGAAAGCGUGGCACAGCGAGCCAUCGGGGUGACCAGCGUGCCCACCAACUUCAAGGACCUGAUCCAGGCCAAAGCCGAGGAGAACAAUAUAGUCUUCAUGCCCCUGGUGGCAAAGCGGCACGAGGGCAAGCAGCUGUACACGUUCGGGCGCAUUGUGAUUUACAUCGACCGCGGCGUUGUGUUUGUGCAGGGCGAGAAGACCUGGGUUCCCACCUCCCUGCAGAGCCUCAUUGACAUGGCCAAGUGACUCGUCCAUUGAAGUCCCUUGAUCCAAGGGGGGAAAAAAAAAAA